AUGUGGUAUAAUAGGCAAGGCAUCCCUCCACCCGUUCCUAAUAGGCCUGCUGAUACUGCUAAUAAAGGAGCUCCUUCCUUACCGCCUCGCGUAAAUGUUCAGCGACCAAUUUGUUCUUCUGAGAAUCCCUAUAAACCUCGAGACAGUAUGGUUGCAGAUGAAUCAUUGCACAUAUCAGGCAGCUCUGAACCCUUAGCCGAUACUCAAAUGAGUAGCGACAACAUUUUUCAAUCUCCUGUCCUUUCUAACUUGAAGGCCCCUCCUUCUGUCUUCAAUAUUGUUCAACAUCCGGUACCAAAGCCGAAUAUUGAUGAUCAAACUGUUGAUCCAUUGGAGACAAACAAGUUUUACACAAACAUGUUACUAGAGGAUAAUACACAACCGAUAUGGACACAUCCUUAUUCACUUUGGUUUUCUCGUGACCCAGAAUUGUUUGGCUUAGCCGCCAAUCAUACUUUAGCUUCUCAAAAGGUUUUCGAUACAACUACAAAUCCUCCCAGAUUCUACUUCAAUCCCACAAAUAUAAAAUCAUUUAUAUUCAAGGCAAGGGAAUUCGGCUCUGCAAAUGAUAUUAAGCCUGAAUUCCGAGACAUGAAACAUAUGUCCAUGCGCUUGCUGAUGUCCUUAAGUAAUUCCCAGUUUAUAGAAUUCCCGUUGGUUCAAGGGAUGGGCUUUGUCACGGCUAUUUACCACGAUUUAGGUUUUGAAUUAAGAAGCGCUGUUGGUUUCAGGAGCUUAGAGCGUUUGAGUGUGAAUGAAAGAUAUGUUAAGUAUAAUAUACAACUUGAAGAUAAUAGAAACUGGUCCCUUUAUCUGACGUCACCCAAUCACUCUUUUCCACAAGAUUUUCAAAUUUCAUUACCCAACAACAAUACAAUAAUAUCUUCUCAUAAAAUAGAUGUUCUUAUUUGUCAAUUAUCUGGAGAUUCCGUUCCCAAUAUUGAUAUGGCAGCAGGCUGUUAUCCAGUAUCGUGCGACUUAUUAGGGCAAACUGUUAAUGAACAGCUCACAAAUUAUAGAUUUAACUAUACGGUUGCAGGCUACUCGCAGUCUGGCACUACAUUAAUGUAUGCUCUGCCACAUCAUAAAGCUGCAUUCACGGCAGAAAUGCAGGAACGGGAAAUCGCCUCUAAUUUGGAUUCUACGGUUAAAGGCUUAAUGACCGGUUACCUCACAAACAGUUUUGAUAUGCAGGUACAGGUGCCCCAAGAAUUAGGAUUUGAACCUAUUGCCCUAUCUUUGAAUAAGAAAGCUAAUUACAGUCAGGAAAAGCUAUCUAAAAUUCGAGAAGCCGCUGUUCAAGAGAUUCAACUUAGUGACCCUCAGCAAGAAUCAAACAUAGAUUCUAUGUAUUUUUCUGGCAAAAUACUUGCAAAGUAUGCGUGGAUUCUUUAUGUAACGCAUUACAUCCUUCGUGAUAAAAAUUUAACAAGAGAAUUAUUAUCUAAACUGACUAAUGCAAUGGAGAGGUUUAUCAGCAAUCAGCAAGUUUUACCCUUGAAUUAUGACAUUACCUGGAAAGGCGUAAUUUCAUCUGGCUCUUCUAGUCAAGACUUUGGUAAUUCUUACUACAAUGAUCAUCACUUUCAUUACUCUUACCAUGUCAUAACAGCCGCCAUUAUCUCUUUAGUCGAUACUGAUUUAAAUGGUGUUACUAAUAACUCCUGGCUAGAAAAUAACAGAGAUUGGGUUGAGUGUUUGAUUAGAGAUUACUCUGGUGCUGAUAGCGAUGAUCCGUACUUUCCUCAAUUUAGGUCAUUUGAUUGGUUUAAUGGCCAUUCAUGGGCCAAGGGACUAUUUCCGAGUGGCGAUGGUAAAGAUGAGGAAUCUACCUCAGAAGAUGUUAAUUCUUGCUAUGCGAUAAAAUUGUGGGGGUUGGUAACUGGAAAUUCUAAGCUGGUCGACAUAGCGAACUUGCAACUCGGCAUCAUGAGAAAUGUUUUUCAGAGCUACUUCCUGUACGAAAGUAAUAAUGCUAUUCAACCGAAAGAAUUUACCAGUAAUAAAGUCAGUGGUAUUCUAUUCGAGAAUAAAAUUGACCACGCUACAUAUUUUGGCAUGGAGCCUCAGUACAUUCAUAUGAUUCAUGCCAUUCCUAUAACAUCUGCAUCUUCAUGGGUUAGAACACCAAAUUUUGUGAAGGAGGAGUGGGAAGAAAAAAUGCAGCCGAUAAUUGAUCAAGUGAAUGACGGUUGGAAAGGCAUAAUCAUGUUGAAUAUGGCUUUGCUUGAUCCAAAAUUUUCGUAUGACUUUUUCAGUCAGCCGGAUUUCAACAAAAAUUUUCUAGACAAUGGGCAAAGCUUAACUUGGUCUUUGGCUUAUUCAGGUGCCUUCUCUUAG